AUGGCUUCGGCCGUGUCGCCCGCCAACAUGCCAGCGGUGCUCCUGCAGCCCCGCUGGAAGCGAGUAGUGGGCUGGUCGGGUCCAGUACCCCGGCCCCUUUGCGUGAGACGCUGGCUGCAGGGUGGUGUGGAGAUCCAGGUGCCAGCCCGGGCAGCUGCGGUUUCGGGAGUAAGCCCGGGAAGGAGCACCUGGCAAACCCAACUCUGUCUUGGGGGUUUUGGUGGGUGUGGCUUUGCCGAGCGCUUUGCGGGCCACUCGUGUUCUGUUCUUGAGCCCGGCAGUGAUCUUGCUGAUCUGGGGAUGAGGACGGAUUGGAUCGUUGCCACCAACCAGUGGUUCAUCCCAGCAGUGAGAGGGGACAUUCCCCCCGGGUGUGCAGCCUAUGGCUUUGUGUGUGACGGGACCCGCUUGCUGGUGUUUGGUGGAAUGGUGGAGUAUGGGAAAUACAGCAACGACCUCUAUGAACUCCAGGCCAGCCGGUGGGAGUGGAAGAGGCUCAAAGCAAAGACGCCCAAAAAUGGGCCCCCUCCAUGUCCUCGGCUUGGCCACAGCUUCUCCCUUGUGGGCAACAAAUGCUACCUAUUCGGGGGUCUGGCCAAUGACAGUGAGGACCCUAAGAACAACAUUCCAAGGUAUCUGAAUGAUUUAUACAUCCUGGAAUUGCGACCAGGCUCUGGAGUGGUAGCCUGGGAUAUCCCCAUCACUUAUGGGGUCCUGCCCCCACCCAGAGAAUCACAUACCGCUGUGGUCUACACUGAGAAAGACAACAAGAAGUCCAAGCUGGUGAUCUACGGAGGGAUGAGUGGCUGCAGACUGGGGGACCUCUGGACCCUUGAUAUUGAGACGCUGACGUGGAACAAGCCCAGCCUCAGUGGGGUGGCGCCACUGCCUCGGAGCCUUCACUCAGCCACAACCAUAGGAAAUAAAAUGUACGUGUUUGGUGGCUGGGUGCCUCUCGUCAUGGAUGAUGUCAAAGUAGCCACACAUGAGAAGGAGUGGAAGUGCACCAACACGCUGGCUUGUCUCAACCUGGACACCAUGGCCUGGGAGACCAUCCUGAUGGACACACUGGAGGACAACAUUCCCCGGGCGCGAGCUGGGCAUUGUGCUGUCGCCAUCAAUACCCGCCUGUACAUCUGGAGUGGCCGAGACGGCUACCGGAAAGCCUGGAACAACCAGGUCUGCUGCAAGGACCUCUGGUACCUGGAAACAGGUUACCUCCUGCAGCUCCAGAAAUACGACAUUCCUGCCACUGCUGCCACUGCCACCUCGCCCACCCCAAAUCCAGUCCCAUCUGUGCCUGCCAACCCUCCCAAGAGUCCUGCCCCCGCGGCAGCGGCCCCUGCUGUACAGCCACUGACCCAGGUGGGCAUCACGCUCCUGCCCCAGGCUGCCGCCGCACCCCCAACCACCACCACCAUCCAAGUCUUGCCGACAGUGCCUGGCAGCUCCAUCUCUGUGCCCACUGCAGCUAGGACUCAAGGUGUCCCUGCUGUUCUCAAAGUAACUGGGCCUCAGGCCACCACAGGAACCCCGCUGGUCACUAUGCGACCUGCCAGCCAGGCUGGGAAGGCCCCUGUCACUGUGACCUCCCUGCCUGCAGGCGUGCGGAUGGUCGUGCCCACGCAGAGUGCCCAGGGGACGGUGAUUGGCAGCAACCCACAGAUGAGCGGGAUGGCGGCAUUGGCGGCGGCGGCGGCUGCGACCCAGAAGAUUCCCCCUUCCUCAGCACCCACGGUGCUGAGUGUUCCAGCAGGAACCACCAUUGUCAAAACUGUGGCCGUGACUCCUGGCACCACUACCCUCCCAGCCACCGUGAAAGUGGCUUCGUCACCCGUCAUGGUGAGCAACCCUGCCACCCGCAUGCUGAAGACAGCUGCCGCACAGGUGGGGACAUCUGUGUCCUCUGCUGCCAACACGUCAACCCGCCCCAUCAUCACCGUGCACAAGUCGGGGACUGUGACUGUGGCCCAGCAAGCCCAGGUGGUGACCACUGUGGUGGGUGGUGUCACCAAGACCAUCACCCUGGUGAAGAGCCCCAUCUCAGUCCCUGGUGGCAGUGCAUUGAUUUCUAACCUUGGCAAAGUGAUGUCAGUGGUUCAGACCAAACCUGUUCAGACCUCUGCAGUCACAGGCCAGGCCUCUACGGGCCCGGUGACCCAGAUCAUCCAGACCAAAGGCCCCCUGCCUGCCGGGACCAUCCUGAAGCUGGUGACCUCAGCAGACGGCAAGCCCACCACCAUCAUUACAACCACACAGGCCAGUGGGGCGGGAAGCAAGCCAACCAUCCUGGGCAUCAGCAGCGUCUCUCCCAGCACCACCAAGCCUGGCACCACCACCAUCAUUAAGACGAUCCCCAUGUCAGCCAUCAUCACCCAGGCGGGUGCAACAGGUGUGACCAGCACUCCUGGCAUCAAGUCCCCCAUCACCAUCAUCACCACCAAAGUUAUGACUUCAGGGACUGGCGCCCCUGCCAAGAUCAUUACUGCUGUCCCCAAGAUUGCCACUGGCCAUGGGCAGCAAGGAGUGACCCAGGUGGUGCUGAAGGGGGCCCCCGGACAGCCAGGCACCAUCCUCCGUACCGUGCCCAUGGGUGGUGUUCGCUUAGUCACCCCAGUGACUGUCUCCGCUGUCAAGCCAGCUGUCACCACGUUGGUUGUGAAGGGCACCACAGGUGUCACUACUCUUGGCACUGUGACAGGCACUGUCUCCACCAGCCUUGCGGGCGCUGGUGCCCAUAGCACCAGUGCCUCGCUGGCCACACCCAUCACCACCUUGGGGACCAUCGCCACCCUCUCAAGCCAGGUGAUCAACCCCACGGCCAUCACCGUCUCAGCUGCUCAGACCACACUGACGGCUGCCGGCGGGCUCACCACCCCCACUAUCACCAUGCAGCCUGUCUCACAGCCUACCCAGGUGACUCUGAUCACAGCACCCAGCGGGGUCGAGGCCCAGCCCGUGCAUGAUCUCCCUGUGUCCAUUCUGGCCUCGCCGACCACAGAGCAGCCCACGGCCACUGUGACCAUUGCUGACUCGGGCCAGGGCGAUGUGCAGCCUGGCACCGUGACGCUGGUGUGCUCCAACCCCCCCUGCGAGACGCAUGAGACGGGCACCACCAACACAGCCACCACCACGGUUGUGGCCAACCUUGGGGGGCACGCCCAACCCCCCCAGGUCCAGUUCGUCUGUGACAGGCAGGAGGCAGCUGCUUCACUUGUGAGCUCCACCGUGGGGCAGCAGAACAGCAGUGUGGUCCGUGUGUGCUCCAACCCACCCUGUGAGACCCACGAGACGGGCACCACCAGCACGGCCACCACCGCCACCUCCAACAUGGCAGGGCAGCCUGAGUGCUCCAACCCCCCGUGUGAAACCCACGAGACGGGCACCACCAGCACUGCCACCACUGCCAUGGCUAGUAUCGGCUCUGGGCAGCCAGCAGCUGCCAACCAGCAGCGUGAGGCCCGCCCCACCUCAGGUCGGGUGGCUGUGGGCACUGGGUCAGCCGAGGGAGCCCAGAGCUCAGGCAUGCCCCCAUGCCAAACUCGCCAGACCAGCUCAACCCACACCACCAUGACUGUGAUGGCCACAGGGGCUCCGUGUUUGGCCCCUCUCAGAGUGCCCAGCCUGCUGCUAGAGGCUGGCAGCAACAGCACUGGCUUUGUCCAGCUGGUCCCUCCAAGUGGCAGAAUUGGGCCCAGCGGUGCCAGCAGCAAGGACAGCCCUGUGGCAAGCCUGGGCCAGCUGGUGCCCAUGGGGCGACAGCUGGAGACACAUCACACCUACACCACCAACACCCCCACCAUGGUGCGUGCCGCUAUGGGUAGCGGGGAGCCUGGUGAGGCCCAGCGUGUCCCCAAGCUUGUGAGUGAGAGCCACCAGACUGGCUCAACCAGCACCAUCAUGACUGUGACGGCCCUGGAGGCACUGCUGGGCCCUUCCACCCCAGUGACCCAGGUCUGCUCCAACCCGCCCUGCGAGACCCAUGAGACAGGUACCACCAAUACGGCCACCACCUCAAAUGCAGGUGGUGUCCAGCGAGUGUGCUCCAACCCACCCUGUGAGACCCACGAGACAGGUACCACCAACACAGCCACCACCGCCACCUCCAGUGGUGGCUCAGGGCACCAAGAGGGUGGGCCGCAGCAGACCCCCACCAGCUGCCCCUGUGAGACACACCAGACCACCUCCACUGGCACCACCAUGACCGUCAGCGUUGGUGCCUUGCUCCCUGACGACAGUGCCACCCACAGGACCCUGGAGGCCGUCCUAGAUCCAGCGGUGGCCCCAACCCCUGUGGCCCCCCAGGCCAGCCCCGCACUGCUUGCUCCCUUCCCAACCCAGCGGGUUUGCUCCAACCCGCCCUGUGAGACCCACGAGACAGGCACCACACACACAGCCACAACCGUCACCUCCAACAUGAGUUCAAAUCAAGAUCCUCCACCAGCUGCCAGUGAUCAGGGCGAGGUGGAGAGCACCCAGGGCGACAGCUCCAUUGCUGUCACGACAACCGUGUCUUCCACGCUGACGCGAGCAGUGACCACUGUGACGCAGUCCACGCCGGUUCCAGGCCCCUCUGUGCCGCCCCCAGAGGACCUCCAGGUCUCGCCCGGGCCUCGCCAGCAGCUACCCCCGCGGCAGCUCCUGCAGCCGGCCUCCACACCCCUGCUGGGGGAGCCCGCCGACGCCCUGGCGGCCACCCAGGCCCCUGAGCUCCAGGCAGCUGUGGACUUGAGCAGUACAGGGGACCCGUCUUCGGGCCAGGAGCCUGCCAGCUCCGCGGUGGUGGCCACCGUGGUGGUCCAGCCUCCCCCACCCACACAAUCUGAGGUAGACCAGUUGGCACUGCCCCAAGAGCUGAUGGCUGAGGCUCAGGCGGGCACUACCACCCUCAUGGUGACAGGGCUCACCCCGGAGGAGCUAGCUGUGACUGCUGCCGCUGAAGCCGCUGCCCAGGCUGCGGCCACAGAGGAAGCCCAGGCCCUGGCCAUCCAGGCGGUGCUCCAGGCUGCCCAGCAGGCAGUCAUGGGCACCGGGGAGCCAAUGGACACAUCUGACGCGGCCGCUGCGGUGACACAGGCGGAGCUAGGGCACCUGUCGGCCGAGGGCCCAGAAGGCCAGCCCGCCACCAUCCCCAUCGUGCUGACGCAACAGGAGCUGGCUGCCCUGGUGCAGCAGCAGCAGCUGCAGGAGGCCCAGGCCCAGGCCCAGCACCACCUGCCCACUGAGGCCCUAGCCCCUGCUGACAGCCUCAACGACCCCGCCAUUGAGAGCAAUUGCCUCAACGAGCUGACGGCUGCUGUCCCCAGCACCGUGGCCCUGCUGCCUUCCACAGCCGCUGAGAGUUUGGCCCCGUCUAACACGUUUGUGGCCCCUCAGCCUGUUGUGGUAGCGAGCCCAGCAAAGCUGCAGGCCGCGGCCACCCUGACCGAAGUAGCCAACGGCAUAGAGACCAUUGGGGUGAAGCCUGACCUACCACCCCCACCCAGCAAAGCCCCCGUGAAGAAGGAGAACCAGUGGUUCGACGUGGGCGUCAUUAAGGGCACCAAUGUGAUGGUGACACAUUAUUUCCUGCCACCAGAUGAUGCCGUCCCCUCUGACGAUGACUCAAGCUCUGUCCCGGACUAUAACCAGCUGAAGAAGCAGGAGCUGCAGCCGGGCACAGCCUAUAAGUUCCGGGUGGCUGGUGUCAACGCCUGUGGCCGAGGGCCCUUCAGUGAGAUUUCGGCCUUCAAGACAUGCCUGCCUGGCUUCCCUGGGGCCCCUUGUGCCAUUAAGAUCAGCAAAAGUCCAGAUGGGGCCCACCUCACCUGGGAGCCCCCCUCUGUGACCUCUGGCAAGAUCAUCGAGUACUCGGUGUACCUGGCCAUCCAGAGCACGCAGGCCAGUGGCGAGCCCAAGAGUGCAGCCCCAGCCCAGCUGGCCUUCAUGCGGGUCUACUGCGGGCCCAGCCCCUCCUGCCUGGUGCAGUCCUCCAGCCUCUCCAACGCCCACAUAGACUACACCACCAAGCCCGCCAUCAUCUUCCGCAUCGCUGCCCGCAACGAGAAGGGCUAUGGCCCCGCUACACAAGUCAGGUGGUUGCAAGAAACCAGUAAAGACAGUUCGGGCACCAAGCCGGCCAGCAAACGGCCCAUGUCCUCUCCGGAAAUGAAAUCCGCUCCAAAGAAAUCGAAGGCAGACGGCCAGUGA